GCGAAGAUGGCGGCGGCUGAGGGGGCUGAGGCUGCUGAGGCGCCGAGCUCGCUGCUGCUGGUGGUGGGCGGCGAGUGCGGCUGCCCGGGGCUGCUGGCCUACGUCCUGGAGGAGCUGGAGCGAGGUGUGUGCUCUUGGGACGUGGAUCCCGGCGUGUGCAGCCUGGAUGAACAGCUCAAGGUCUUCGUGUCCCGGCACUCAGCCACGUUCUCCAGCAUCGUGAAAGGCCAGCGGAGCCUGCACCACCGCGGAGAGACCCUGGAGACUCUGGUCCUCCUGAACCCAUCCGACAAGUCCCUGUAUGACGAGCUCCGGAACCUUCUGCUGGACCCUGCGUCUCACAAGCUGUUGGUGCUCGCUGGGCCCUGCCUGGAGGACACUGGGGAGCUGCUGCUGCAGACGGGGGGCUUCUCCCCCCACCACUUUCUCCAGGUGCUGGAGGACAGAGAGGUCCAGGACGCCCUGGCCUCGUCCCCAGACGCAGACCUGUCCACCCUGACUGUCACCUGCCCCACCUUCGGGGACUGGCUGCGGCUGGCGCCCGACCUGCCGGGGCUGCGGCUACAGCUACGGCUGAACCCGCCCGCACGGCUGCCCGCGUCCGAGGGCCUGCGCGAGUUCCUGGAGUACCUGGCCGAGUCCCUGGAGCCGCCGUCGCCCUUCGACCUGCUCGAGCCACCGUCCUUCGGGGGCUUCCUGCGACUGGCCGCGCCCUGCUGCUAUGUCUUCCCUGGGGGGCUCGGGGACGCCGCCUUCUUCGCGGUCAACGGCUUCACCGUGCUGGUCAACGGCGGCUCCAACCCCAAGUCCAGCUUCUGGAAGUUGGUGCGGCACCUAGACCGCGUGGACGCCGUGCUGGUCACACACGCGGGCGCCGACAGCCUCCCGGGCCUCAACAGCCUGCUGCGCCGCAAGCUGGCGGAGCGCGGGGAGGCGGCGGCCGAGGCGGAGGCCGAGGGGCCCGAGCGCGGGGGCGGCUGGCAGGAGCGUCUUCGGCGCCUGGUGUCCCCCGCGCUAGGCGUCGUGUUCCUCAAUGCGCGUGAGGCGGCGUCGCGCUUGGUGCGUGGCCAGGACGAGGCAGCGCUGGCCCUGAGCCUCCUGGCGCAGCUGGGCAUCACUCCGCUGGCGCUGAGCCGCGGGCCGCUGCCCGCCAAGCCCACCGUGCUGUUCCGCAAGAUGGGCGUGGGCCGCCUGGACCUGUACGUGCUGCACCCGCCUGCUGAGGCGGAGGACCGCGACCGUGACGGCGACGUGGGCUCGCCCGCCUCCGUGUGCGCGCUGCUUGUGUGGCUGCCCGCGGGCCCCGCGGAGAAGGUGGUGCGCGUGCUGUUCCCGGGGUGCACGCCACCCGCACGCCUGUUGGACGGCCUGCUCGGCCUGCAGCACCUGGGCUUUCUGCGCGAGCCCGUGGUCACCCCGCAGGACCUGGAGGCGCCGCGCCGCGCCGACAGUAAGGAGAGCGUGGGCUCCCGCGAAAGCGCCCGCAGAGAGGCCCGGCCGCCCGCGACCGCCAAGCCCGGCCCCGAGCGCCCCACGGCUGCCCGCAAGGACCCAGCCCGGGCCGAAGCCCCACGCAGAGCCGAGAAGGACCCCAGGCCGGCGCGGGAGGUGAAGAAGGACCCCAAGCCGAGCGUCCCCCGCAGCCAGCCCCGGGAGGUGCGCCGUGGCGUCGCUAGUGCGUCCAGUGUGAAGAAGGCGGCCGUUCCCGCGACCACCAAGCCCCGCAGCGCACCUCAGCCCGUGCAGAACGGGCCCCGCAGUACCCCCACCGCCUCCUGCGGCUUCCCUGGUUCGCAGCUGCCCCGCACGCCCGGCGACGGCAGCGGCCCUGGGAUGGCCCUAAGCCCCGCUGUGGAGUCGGCGACGCUUGAGCCCGCACCGGCUGCCUGUGCCCCGCAGCCGCGCUCGCCAUCACCACCCGAGAGUCGCCGCAGCCCUGAGCGCAGCGGCCGCCUGUCUCUCAGCCCUCUGCGCGGCGGGGAGACCGGGCCCGACGCCUCGCCCACGGUGACCACGCCGACGGCCACCACGCCCUCGCUGCCCGCAGAGGUGGGCUCCCCGCACUCCACCGAGGUGGACGAGUCCCUGUCCGUGUCCUUCGAGCAAGUGCUGCCGCCCGCCGCUGGCGAGGCCGGGCUGAGCCUCCCCUUGCGCGGGCCCCGGGCGCGCCGUUCCACGUCUCCGCACGACGUGGACCUGUGCCUCGUGUCGCCCUGCGAGUUCGAGCACCGCAAGGCUCUGCCCGCCGCGCCCGCACCCGCGUCCCCCGGCAGCUCCGACAGCAGCGCGCGCUCCCAGGAGCGGAUGGGCGCGCCGGGCCCCGAGGAGACGCCGCCCACGUCGGUCAGUGAGUCUCUGCCCACCCUGUCGGACUCCGACCCGCCACCCACUGGCCCCGGGGCGGCUGACUCAGACGAGGACACCGAGGGCUUGGUGGGCCCCGGCCGAGACCCGCUGCCCGAGCCCCUGCACGUGCCCCCGCCGCUGACUGGGCCGCCCAGCACCUGCAUGGUGGACCCCGAGACCGUCCCCAAGGCGGCCCGGCAGACGGAGAACCCUGGCCGCACCCGCAGGCCCCUCGUCCGACCCAGCUCCGCAGGGGCCGCACACAAGGCCGUGCCCACAGCCGCGACCAGAGCCAAGGCGCUGCCCACAGGUGACCGCGCCAGCCGGCCGCUCAGCGCCCGAAGCGAGCCCGCAGACAAGGGCGGCCGCGCGCCCCUGACCAGGAAGCCCUCGGUCCCCAAGACUGCCACGCGAGGCCAGUCCGGAGGCAGCGUCCGGCCCGGCCCGCCCGGCGCCCCCGUCUACCUGGACCUGGCCUACCUGCCCGGGGGCCGCAGCGCGCGCCAGGUGGACGAGGAGUUCUUCCGCCGCGUGCGCGCGCUCUGCUACGUCAUCAGCGGCCAGGGCCAGCGGCGCGAGGAGGGGCUGCGGCCCGUGCUGGACGCCCUGCUGGCCGGCAAGCAGCGCUGGGACCGCGACCUGCAGGUGACGCUCAUCCCCACCUUCGACUCGGCCGCCAUGCACCGCUGGUACGAGGACACGCACGCGCGGCACCAGGCGCUGGGCAUCACCGUGCUGGGCAGCAACAGCAUGGUGUCCAUGCAGGACGAGGCGUUCCCCGCCUGCAAGGUGGAGUUCUAGCGAGGCACUGCUGCACGGGAAUAAAC